GUUGUCAUUGAGCCAGGUCUGUAAAAUGUUAGCCACACUCGUGCGGCGAGCCGCUUGUCAGCCAUCCAUCUCUCUCACGUGCAACCUUCUCCAUAUCAACCAAUCGAUUUCCGCUCUUCCACUCCACCUCAGUUUCUCAACCACUACCACAACACCAUCACCACAUUCCUCCGCCGCCGCGAAGAUGGACGCCGUUGGGGUUCUGAUGAUGUGCCCGAUGAACAACUACUUGGAGCAAGAGCUCGACAAGCGAUUCAAACUCUUCCGGUACUGGAAUCAGCCGCAGCAGCGCGAGUUCCUGACUCAGCAGGCCGAUUCGAUCCGCGCCGUCGUCGGGAACGCCACCGCCGGCGCCGACGCCGGGCUGAUUGACGCGCUGCCGAAAUUGGAAAUCGUCUCCAGUUUUAGCGUCGGAUUGGAUAAAAUUGACCUCAUCAAGUGCAAGGAAAAGGGAAUUAGGGUUACAAACACCCCCGAUGUGCUGACCGAUGACGUGGCGGAUUUGGCGAUUGGGUUGAUGCUGGCGGUUUUGAGGAGGAUUUGCGAGUGUGAUAAGUACGUGCGGAAAGGAGCGUGGAAGUUUGGUGACUUCAAGUUGACUAGUAAGUUCAGUGGCAAAAGAGUGGGCAUCAUAGGACUGGGCAGAAUCGGAUUAGCAAUUGCAAAACGAGCAGAGGGAUUCGACUGCCCCAUCAGUUAUUACUCAAGAUCCGAGAAACCAAACGCAGAAAACUACAAGUACCAUAAAAGUGUCGUUGAGUUAGCUUCAAACUGUGACAUCCUAGUCGUAGCAUGUGCACUAACUCCAGAAACAACACACAUCGUGAACCGUGAAGUAAUCGAUGCAUUAGGUCCGAGUGGAGUUCUCAUCAACAUAGGAAGAGGGCCCCACGUGGACGAGCCCGAAUUGGUGUCGGCACUUGUGGAGGGCCGUUUGGGAGGUGCGGGCCUUGAUGUGUUCGAAAAGGAGCCCGAAGUGCCUGAGCAACUGUUUGGGCUUGACAAUGUUGUCCUUUUGCCUCACGUAGGGAGCGGCACUGUAGAGACACGUAUAGCCAUGGCUGACCUUGUUCUUGGGAAUUUGGAAGCUUACUUUGCAAACAAGCCCCUGUUAACUCCGGUGGUUUGAUAGUUUCAUACUUCCGUUUGCUGCAUGAAAAUUGAUUAGUUAUACAGUGGCGUUUCUGCCACUGAAUUUAGACCUGUUGUCAUUAGGGUAAAUUAAACCACCCCUUGAGGUAUGGUCUAUUUACGAAAAUAAAUCCCUCCUUUUUCUAUAAUUACAUCCACCCCUGCAAUUUGUAGAUUUCUUACCUUAACACCCUGUUUACAAACUACAGGGGCUGGAAUCUGGAUGUAAUUUCUAAAAAAGAAGGGAUUUUUUUUUUUUGUAAUUACAAUUUACCUCAGGGAGGUGGUUGUAAUUUAUCCUAUUUAUAAUAAUGAUUGCAAUGUAUUUGGAUUUGGAUUACACUGUCCAAUUGCCUCAAUUUUUACAAUUAUGAUCAAUUAGAUCGUAAAUGUGAAGGUGUUUUAUUAA